AUGCCCGGACUUCGCCUCGCACACAAGGUGGCCGUCAUCACUGGCGGCGGCUCGGGCAUCGGCCGCGAGAGUGCCAUCCUCUUCGCCUCGGAGGGCGCCAACCUGGUGCUGGCCGACAUCAACCUCGAGGCGUGCACGCAGACGGCGGAGCUGAUCAACGAGCGCUUCAAGGGCGGCGAGCUUCCCGUGCGCGCCGUGGCGCUCCAGUGCGACGUGAGCAAGGAGGCGCAGGUGGCGGCCGUGGUGCAAAAGGCCGUCGACGAGUUUGGCCGGCUGGACGUCAUGUUUAACAACGCCGGCAUCAUGCACGGCGCCGACGACCACGCGCUCAACACCGAGGAGCGCAUCUGGGACCUCACCCAGGAGAUCAACGUCAAGGGCGUCUGGUGGGGCUGCAAGCACGCCAUCCUCGCCAUGCGCAACAACCCCACCGACGCCGAAAAGGGCCUCCACGUCGGCGGAUCCAUCAUCAACACGGCCUCGUUUGUCGCCAUCAUGGGCGCCGCCACGCCCCAGAUCGCCUACACCACGUCCAAGGGCGCCGUGCUCGCCAUGACGCGCGAGCUCGCCAUGGUCCACGCCCGCGAGGGCAUCCGCGUCAACUCCCUCUGCCCCGGCCCGCUCAAGACGCCCCUCCUGAUGGACUUCCUCAACACGCCCGAAAAGCUCAACCGCCGCCUCAACCACCUGCCCCUCGGCCGCUUUGGCGAGGCCAUCGAGCAGGCCCGCGCCGCCCUCUUCCUCGCCUCGGACGAGUCGUCGUACGUCAUCGGCCACGACAUGCUCGUCGACGGCGGCCUCAGCAAGGCCUACGUCACCGCAGAGGGCGAGCCCGUCCUGCCCCCGCCCUCGAGCCUCGUCUGA